AUGCGGCGCUUCGAGAAUAUCCAGCUGCAGGACAAUGUGCAGCUGUUGCUGGAGUACGCCUGCAACCAUUCCCAGGUCGCGGCGAAGCUUCUGGCGGCGCUGCCGGAGCUGAACGCCGACGAGGCGGCGCUCUAUCUCUUCGCCACCGCCUUCUUCAGCGCCAAGGCGAAGACGGGCGCGGGCAUGGCGGCGGUGGCGAAGCUGGGGCGGGCCAUGUGCUAUUGCCGCCUGCUGCGGGUGCUUUGCUACUGCUCCACAGUCAUGCCAUCGCAAUCUCCGGGCUGCUUUGUGAACCGCUAUGAUGAGACCUACACGCUGUGGGAGCACUGGCGAGAAGCCGUGACCCACAUGCGUGCAGGCGGCGGUUGCAACGACCUUAUCUUCAGCGGCCACGCCUCAGUGCUGACCUUCACCGUGCUGAUGCACGCAGACUUGGGCGCGCCCCGUUGGCUGGUCGCCUUCCUUUGGGGCCGGCUGGGCCACGCCUUUCUGCGCAUCGUCCAGAGUCGCAGCCACUUGUCGGUGGACGUGGUGGUCGCCUGCAUUCUGGCACUGCUCUUGUGGCACGUGCUGCCUGAGGUGCAGCCACACCCGAAGGCCUUCACGUCCAAGGGCCUCAGCCCCGAAGCCAUUGGCUGGAGCUCCGCGCUCUGCGGCGCGGUGGCGGUGCUGCUGGCGCUGCUGGGCGCCCCCGCCGCGGGGCCGCUGAGCGAGCUGAACCGACGGCGCCUGAGUCAGGUCGCUGCGGCGCCCUCCGACUCGCAAGAGCCGCCCCGGAUCUUCUGCGCCAUGAUGCACAUUGAGACUUCCCGGCAGGCCUUGGGAGUGAGUGAAGUGAGGUGA